AUGGUUGAUCGAAACAUCGUUCAUAUACCAGAAGUCUACCGUUACAUCGAAUCAUCCCGUCGAUCCACAGACCUAGAGGGAUAUCUCUUUAUGGAGUAUAUCCAUGGCAAGGCCCUCAAAGAUGUUGAUUUUGAAGAACACAGCCAUCUUCCACCACGUGUUGCGAAUAUUCUCAUUCAUCUGGGAAAAAUCAUCAGUUCAGACUCAGAUCAUAUUCCAGGCCCCCUGCACGGCGGACAACCUCUCGGGUAUAUCUUUGGUGAUUAUGGCGCAAAGACAGAUUUCACUUCACUAAACGAUCUGACUGCGUAUAUGAAUAAAAGGCUUGAAUAUUGCAGCCAGUCGAAGGCACUGGCAGUCAAUCUAGAGCCAAUCAAUCUGGAUCCCUAUGCUGAGAAUCUAGUCCUUUGCCACGGUGACAUCUGCAGGAGAAAUAUAAUCCUGGAGGAGGACGGCAGCCUUUGCCUUUUGGACUGGGGUUACUCUGGAUUUUACCCUCGUUCUUCUGAACUCGCCACUCUCAAAUGUAUACUCAUGCUUCGUCAUGAUGAGAAGUUUGAGCCACUUGUCACAAAUGAAUUUGAGAAGCUUCUAGGCUUGACCGACCAGGAAAAGCGAGAUACAAUUCUCACACUUUAUGUUCAAAGUGCAAAUCUAAGAUAG